UGUGGGAUGGGAGCGGUCUUAACGCGUGGGGCCGCUUGCUUGGGAAACUCCCUGGAUGGACCUUUAUCAACAUCCUCAUUUCCCAGCUCCUCCAGUUCCAGCACCCCUCAUCUCCCGCAGGGGCAAACGGGAUGGUGGGGGAGGCCGGGAAGGGAUUUGCGGGCGCCCCGAGCAGAGACCCGCUUCCAUUCUCCGCCCCCAUCUCUCUUCAGUCCUCUCCUUCUGCCUGACUCGGGGGCCGGGACUCCUCUGCUCCUUGCGGUGCCUCCACCUCCCGCCUUUGCCUCAAGGCCCGCAGGCUGCGGCUCCACCGAUCUCACUGCCUUUGACAUUCCCAAAUCCUCCUCAGCCUCUCCCCCUCCCGCCGGUUCUCCCAGCGGGCCGAGCAGAUCGGUCACCGGGUGGCAGCGCACACAGGGAUCGUCACCGCUUCCCUCCGCUACAAGCGACGAGCUCACACAUUCCGUGCAGCCCGGCACCCGCCCGCCGCCGGGGCGGCUCCAUCCAUCCGGGUCGCCGCCUUCUUUUCGGCCCCGGUUUCGGGGGCGAGCGGACCCCGCGGCCGAGUCGUUUUCCGGGAGGGAGCUGCCCGCAGCCGAUGCCGCCUCCAGGCCCGCCCGCCCGGACGAAUCGCGGCCCCACGCCCUGAUGCCGCCCCGCUCCCCCUUUGCCCGUUACGGUCGCCCCGCUGCGGGUCGCUCGCGCUCCCUGCGGCGCCUCGUUACGGGCGGGGGUGGCGGCCGUUGCUGUGGCAACGCCCGGAUCUCGCCCGCGGCUGUCGCGAGAUCUGCUGCCUGGGUGAGUGUCACGGCGCUGGCCGCUCCUGUUCCUUCCCGCUGAGGCGGAGAGAGGCGGGAACGCGCGGGAUGGGCCCCCCCGCACGGCAGCGCUGCCUGGGAGCAGCUCGCAGCUCGCAUUUGGGGAAACAUGCAAAUACUCCUGUGUAGAGCGUUAUGUUUCUUGUGUCAGGGAUGAGUGAAACGGGGAAGCGCCAUACAGUGCCUUCUAUCAAAAACCCUGACUCUAUGUUUA